UGGCUUGUGGAGCGAGUAUACAGUACGCGCCUGGGACGGGGCAGUGUACAUACGGAUGAACAGCUGUUGAGCUAAAGCGUCAGGUUAUACGUAGGCAUAUGUAUACACAAAUGCCUACAACCAAAACGAUCGAAAUGGAAGUAAGCAAGCCUGAUGUACACGAGGGUGAUGAAGAUAUAGGUCAUAAUCUCAUCGUAGCAAAUGGGUGUUCUGAAGCUUACGAACAUAGCCUUGGUUCGGGUAGAAUAACCAAAUGUACACCUGAGCAUCUAAAAGUGUCAGAGUUCCGACAACUCUACUUGAGCAACCCCUCAGUCAAAAGCUCAUCUGUAAAGCGUAAAUGGAGCAGGUUAGUCAAAGGAAAAUGUCGACGUACUUGCCUACGGAGAUGUUUGACCACCACGUUCCCCGUGUGGACAAUGCUCCAGGCUUACAACGUAAGGACAGAACUCGUGAACGACUUGGUGGCGGGACUGAGUGUGGGCAUUGUUCAAAUUCCAUCAAGUAUGGCCUUCGCUAUGCUAGCGUCGCUCCCACCUAUUUGUGGGCUGUACACAGCGUUCAUAUCAGCACUUGUGUACUUCCUCUUCGGCACUUCCCGUUUUGUCUCCGUUGGCACUACAGCUACAGUUAGCCUGGUGGUCGGGACUGCGGUAGAGAACAACGAGGACAACUUCAGAGAUUCCACAGGGUUGAUAAAUGUUUCCAGCAACGCCACCGACACGGAGUUCACUUUUGAAGCUCAUGGGCAUAAGGUGGCUGCAGCAACUGUCCUAGCUUUUAUUGUUGGUUCUAUUUUAGUGGUAAUGGGGAAGUUGCGCUUUGGUAUAGUGACGUCUUAUAUGCCAGACCCAAUGCUAGGCGGUUUCCUGACAUCGGCCAUGAUACUUGUGAUCAUCAGCCAGUUGAAAGUUGUACUGGGGCUUAAGAUUGCUAAGCAAGCUCAGCCGUUUAAGUGUGUAAAGGAAGUUAUACAGAUCGGGAAAAACAUAUCUUCCACAAAUGUGGCAUCACUUGUUUCGUCCACCAUUUGCUUUGUCAUUCUAUAUCUUGUGAAAGUGUGUGUCAACGAAAGGUUCAAGGAGCGCCUUCUCUUCCCAGUCCCUAUUGAGUUAAUAGUCUUGGCAAUAGCUACUGCAGUAUCUCACUUCACAGACCUGCACAAUAAAUUUGGGCUUGAGAUUGUCGGUGCCAUACCCUCAAGUUUGCCUCCACCACAAUUCCCACCCAUACAGAAGACAAACAUGGGUUUAAUACGCGACGCCAUAACAGUGGCUAUUGUGGCCUAUGUCAUAUCUGUGUCCAUCGCGAAGGCGCUCGCCAAGAAAACCAAGGACAAAAUCAGUUCUAAUCAGGAAAUGGUGGCUGUUGGUGCGUCGUCGUUAGUGUCUUCCAUGUUUUCGGGCUUUGCGGUAGGAGUGUCACUGUCCAGGAGUGUUGUACAGAAGAGUGCCGGUGGCAAAUCUCAGGUUGCUUCCCUGGUGGGAAGUUUUGUGGUAUUACUGGUAAUAAUUUCCAUUGGUCCCCUUUUUCAUUCGCUGCCGAUAAGUGUUUUGGCUGCUAUUAUAUUAGUAGCAUUCAAAAGCGUAGUGACACAGUUGCGAAGAGGAAAACGACACUCGGCUGUUUCCAAGUAUGAUUUCACGAUGUGGAUCGUGACAUUUCUUGGAGUUCUCUUUUUCGGAGUGGACAUAGGGCUAUGUCUAGGUGUGGUAUGUUCAAUACUAAGCGUCGUCAUCAGAACACAGAGAUCGCGCGUGCUUGGCCUGGAGAAAAUCCAACUAUCCAGUAUUUACAUGCCUUUGGAAAAGUAUAAAUGUGAUAUGGAGCAACAUUGGAAGAAAAUUGUCUACUUUGAAGGGCCGUUAUAUUUUGCCAACGCUGAACUAUUUGAUAAAAGAUUUCGCUUGUUGAAUCCAAUGCCAGUCACCGUUAAACCAGAUGAAAGGAAAAAUGCGAAACAAACUGGGACAGCUUUCAAAUGUUGCCUCGAAAAACAGAAGGAAUAUCAAGAUAUACCACAAAAACCUUUGACAAAAGCGCUCCCCUUAGGCGGAGGGGACAGUGAGAUGGCUGUUAUUCAGUAUAUAAUUAUAGACUGUUCUGGAAUCACGUUUAGCGACGCGACAGGGCUAAGCGUCUUAACACAGCUGAUACUGGAUUACAGUGAAGCCAGUGUUUCCAUACUUCUGGCAGGAUUAAGAGAUGACAUGAUUGAAUCUAUGCAAAAGUCGGGAUACUGGGAACAGCUAAGUGAUCAGGCAUUUGUGACUGUACGUGGUGCAGAGAUGUAUGCCGAACGGGUGUCAAGCGACAAAUUAAGCUGAGGAUCAGUGGGUAAAAUCAUGUGAAAUGAAUUGUGUCAUCGACAAACUUUUCGCACACAUUCCAACCACUUAUCCUUAUAUGUUGCAUUAGUGUGUUGAUCACAUAGCGUUUCUGAAAAAUACGUCUGUUUCGCCGCCCCCCCCCCCCCCACACCCUCCCCCAAAACACAACAAUAGAGAUAUCAGAUGUUUAUAUCAAAGUAUUACUGAUUGGUCUUUUAAUUGAGUUAUUUCUGCUUAGUGAAUAUGAAGGUGUCAAGAUCUUGCUUGAUUUCAUGAACUGAUAGAUGAUAGCUGUCAACUGAAUAUAUUUUUAAAAAUUUCUGAGCAUGUUCACCAAGUACAUUCCAACAACCGUUAAUCUCAUUUUCAACCCAUUUUAAACCAGUAAAACACGUUUAUUGGUAGAUAUGGUCCAAAUGCUCUCAGGGUCUCUGGAUUUUCUCUUACAGCUUUGUUGUGUUCGGUUCCUCUUAUUGUUGGGCUAUAGAAGUGCAUAAACAUGACCAUAUUUACAACCAGAUUGUGACUUCAUCGAAAUGUCGCAAUUAUAAAGUAACUAAAAUAAAAAAUCUAUUUUGCUUUUA